ACGCAUCACAUUCACCAUGGUGGCUUUCAAGAGUUUCAAGGACGGGACGAUCACUAUCCUUGACGAUAUUGAAGAUCAGCAACAAGAAGGCACCACUUUAACCGUAUAUCCUUCUCUUACUGGGCCUUUCGCUUUUAAAACUCCAUUCUAUGGCAGUUCCACUCCCGUCUCGCAGUGGACUCACGUAGUGAACCGUCGAGUAGCCAACUUUCGACCGUCUAAGUCAGGCAAUGAGGAGUUAAGUUCAGACGUUUUGAUGCUGAAGUCUGCACAUUGUGACGAAGAGGCUCCCUCGGUGUUAUUCAAGCUUCUCAACGACUCUAUAUCCAACAAUUCUGCGCGAUGGGGUACCUUUCGAACUACCGGCGGUUUUACCUACACAGAGUGCUACUGGGAGUGGGUAGAGGACGUUUUAAGCCGAAACAAAGACCUCAUCAAGAAAACGGGCCUCUAUCGAGCAAUGUUUGCGUCAUUGUUCAGCUGUGAUCGUUUUCCUCCUGUUGUGCGAGCUUUUUGUGAGUAUUGGUGUCCUGCUACAAAUACUCUGCACAUAUCGCAAGGGGAGAUGUCUAUAUCUCUCUGGGACCUUGAGCAUAUUGGAGGCUUGCCUAUCAUUGGAAGGUUUUAUGACGAAGUUGUUCCGCCCAUUUCCGAGUUUUCUGCAAAGAGUAAAGAAGGGUCCCUUCUCAUCCCAAAAAGCUGUCGUUAUUUGUUUCUUGCUUACCAUAGAUUGUGCAAGAGGGAGCGUGGCAAUGUGAAGAUAGCUACAUGGAUACAGUAUUGGUACAAAGGCGAGAACAGAUACAAGAGGCCUCCUACCAAGAAUACACGAAAUAAGAGGGACGCGCCCACUAAUACUUACGAUCCAUCGGGCGUCAUUCCGGGGAUUCGCCGGCGAACUCCGGAAGAUCUUUUACUAUUCGAGGACUUAGGCGUAGAAGAAGUAAGCAUGGAAUCUGUUUACCUCUCUGCCUUUUAUGUGUGCUGGCUUUGUUUAUUCGUAUUCCCGAAGACUGAUCCAGGUUUUAUUCGUCCGGGAGUUUUUAAGAUCGCUCAACAAAUGGCGCGAGGUCAACAAUACUGUCUGGCAGUUCUCGUAUUGGCGAAUAUAUAUCAGGGUUUAAAUGCCAUAUCCGUCUCAAGUGAUCCGGGAAGUUGUCCAACUGUGCUCCCUUUUCAUUACCUGUAUGGGUGGUUGGGCGAGUAUUUCAGCACCCAUUUCUUCUCUCGACAUCCAGAAAACUUCAGGCCUUUAAUGGUUCAUAUUUCAGGGGAACUGUCGGCAAGAAAUUUUGAUGAUGAACGGGCCCGUGCCUUGUUUACCACUUGUGAUAAUGUUCGAAUGGGACGAUUUGCCAGAGUUUCAAGUGCGCGCAAACUGAUCGUUGACACCCACGAAGCCCUUCCUUCCGAUUCCGCCUAUCUCAUUAGCCUUCGCUCCGGAUUUGUGUCCCUACGGCAAGAUAUUUGGCGAGUAGUCGAACCCUAUAACCCUCAACGAUUCAGUCGACAAUUCGGAUAUGUUCAGGGUGUUCCCGGAGAUUUCCAAAGAGAUAGUCGACUCAUACCUUUGACUCGGACAUACUCGUUUUGGGAUAGCUUGACGAAGCUUGGCACAAAAGGUGAGGUAAUUUUGCCUAUGAAAAGUGACAUCACCAAGUUUAUGGUUACUCAGGACUACAUCGAAUGGUGGUCCAAAGUUCAUCACUCUGCAUUGAAGAGGCCUAUGAAAAUAACUAUUGUAUAUUUUCCACAACAAGAGCCUCCAAAGGCUAAAGGAGACGAUCGUGCGACAACUCCUCUCCAGAUUUUGGUUUCCGCCGAAGCUUUGCCCCCGGUUGAUAACUAUCAGAUUCCACCUCCUCCAGUUUUGGAAGGAAUCGGAGAUUCAGCAGAUUUCCGUCCUAAGUCAAAGGAGAAGGUUGCUACAUCCAGAAGGCAUAGUAGAAGCAGCAGUAGUACCCAUAGUGACGUGCACUUCAAACGUCCAAAAAGGGGUGACGAUGAUCUCGGACCUAUUUACUUCAAUCCUAAUGCCGACUUUGAUCUUGGCGGCAACUUUCUUGGGGAUGUUCCUGGUCCUUCAAAACUCGUGCCUGCGCAUCUUGAGCUUGAAGAUAUCGGUUAUUUUGAUGAAGUCUGCUCAGGUGAUGGCGUUCAAUUUCUUUUUGAGGAGUGUGUAGCUAACAUUUUCCCAGAAAAGGACAUACGUCGAAAGGAGAGUGAACCACAGCCAGUUGACCAGAGAGGUUUGUCCAUGGCGACGGGAAGUACAAAGCCUUUAGAAAAAGCAAUAUUUCCUGAAGUUUCUGUGUGCGAUAUUGAGGUAGUGGACACAAGUCAAUGGCUCCGCGAUAUCCGCAUGCGAGCAGCUGCAGAAGUUUGUGCAAAGAUAGAAGGCGUGAUAGCGACGUAUUCUCUGAAAAUGAUUAUUACGGGGAGGAAUGAGCUUGAUAUGUUGACGAAUGAACUUGGAAAAUAUGGAGUCGACCCAUCAGCAAUAAAAAACAAGUUGGAGCAGUUGAUGACAAACGCUACCCUAUAUGACUCGGUAAGGCUUGCAUGUGCUCACAAAUGUGCGAUGGGCACAAGCGCCCAAAAAUUAGUGGAGACAGAGUCUGAAAUCACGACAGCCCAAGAAAUUCAACAAAAUAGUUUUGAUCAGCGUCAGUCUACACUUGAGUCCCUUGAGAACUUAAAGAAAGAACAAGAGAAGCUGGAGCAGACGUUGGACUUGCUAGAUGCAGACAUUUUUCUUCACGAUGCAAGACUUGCUGAUCUAAAACAGAAGAAGUGUCAAAUCCGAGAGAUUCCAGAACUGACCACAGCAGAGAUUGAAGAGGCAAAGAAGUUGCGAGCCAAUUUUGAAGAACAUCGUAUGAGCUUCAAGGGUUUGACCUGGAUAUGA